AUGGCCGAGUCUGGCAACAAUUCUAGGUCUCCAGACCAAGUCUUCACUUCCGCCGAUCGCAUUCGGCAGCUUAAUGAGAUCGACAAGGAUGUCGCUCAAUUGAUUCACUCCGCCGGUCUCGCUAUCCAAGCCCUUACCAACGCCCGAACCACCGACUCUCCUGCUGAGAACAACUCCUUAGCCGCCCACAAAACACGCUUCAAAGAGGCCACAUCGCAGUACUUUGCGCUUCUCUCGUCCAUUGAUGUUCGACUGCGACGACAGGUGUACGCCCUCGAGGAGGCCGGGAUUCUCGCGCCGGAGACGGCCGCGACCGCAACGAACUCCCGCACAGGCGAGUUAGCUGGGGCUGGUGCGGCAGCGGCGGCCGCAUCGUCAAACCCGCUGGAUGUGAGCUGGCUCAACAGUCGGAAGGACACGGUUGGGAAGGAUAAAGAGGCAGAGCUGUGGGCCGCGGCAAGGGAGUUUGUCGAGCAGCUCGCUCGGCAUGGGCCUUCGUCGGCAACCGCUAGACAUGAGUCGAAAACGGAGGGUGGGCAGGACGACAUGGAGAUGGACUGA